AUGAUGAUUUUGACGCGACAACCGGGACAAACUAUCUCUCUGAGCAUGUUACUUUUUGUUAUCAGUGGAACAUGGGGAUAUCGCUCUGGAAUUGAAAUGAUUAAUGUGACAUUCUGUGGUAUGUUACUCUUUUUAAAUUUGGCCGAAAAACUGUUUAGGAAAAAUUACAGAAUUAUACUAGAAAUGGCAUGAAAAAUGAAAAUUGAUAAUUCCUCUAAGAAAAAAAGAAUUGCCGAUUUUCUUUUUAGCAGUUGACUAACUACUUCUUCAACUAUCUGAUAUCCGGGUUCCAUUACGCCAUUUCCAUUAUUUUUAAAUUUACCUCUCCACUGCCCACCGGCUGUUUUACUCAAAACCAGCCGAGAAUAAGACUACUCAUUUGUCGCAAAAAAAACAAAGUUACAAUUUAAUUUUCCAUGCAUUGCUUUGUAUCUAAGAUUUUGGUGGGGCCUGGACUAAAGUAAGUUAGAAGUGUAGGGACUAAUGAAUGGCAUCAACCAUUUACUAGUGAAAGACUCAAUUGGAAACUAAUUUUGUUUUUUUGUAGUCCAAGGUGAUGUUCCAUUGUUGCAUUCUUUUCAGGAAAGUACGAUAAGCCUCCAACGUUAAAAGUUUCUCCAUGGCCUUUCAUUCCUGCUGGAACCCAUUUUAAUUUUAAUGUAACACUUACACCUGGUAAGUUGAAGUUGUGAUGGAGAAGUUAAUAUUUUUUAUUGAUUUUCAAUUAAAAGUGAUAUCGUUACAAAAGCAGGAGGAGGGGCUUAUGAAAUUCCACGGCUUGCAGAAAAUCCAGUUUGCAUAAUUACAUUUUUUUUGACUCACAUGUGAAUGAAUUAUAAACGACCGCAAGAAUGAUUAAAAACUGCGGAUAGCAUCUUCCGUGAUUAGGCGGUAUGAAAACAUAUUGAAACUGCAUAUCCUUGCGGCAUGCAAGAAAAAUUGGAAGACAUAUAUUAAUAUCUCGUUUAGACCUAAUGUGGUGUCCAAUCCACCACUGAGUUUUUUUCGUAGAGUAUCGGACGACAGAAUCCAAUGCUCCAAGGUUUUAUUUGUAUUCAAUUCAGGGAAUCAGAUUUCCCUACACUGGGAAUUCUAACUAGUGCUUGCUUCUAAUAGCGGUAGAUGUUCUCGAAAUAUUCUGGCAAUACGAACUUAUCUCAGACGGCAAGGUGAUUUUCAAGAAAAUGGACGACAUUGUAUGCGAUGAGGACCCAAUCUAUUGCAGUUUACCUGCUGGUGGUAAGUUGUCUCCCAAUAAGAGAGCUACGAAGAAAAAAAAGAAGAAAGAAAAUGAGAAAAAAAGAAAUGAAGAUAAGAAAGAAAGGAAGAAAAAAAUGAAAGAAAAAAACGGAAGAAAGGAAGGAAGAAAAAAUAAAAAAAAGAGAGGACUAAGAGAGGAUUAAGAGACACUUAUUUCACUUUGAAUUUUCUUAAGCAUUUAUAAUUAAAGCUAAUCAUCUAAUACCCUGCUUUGCAGAUUAAAUCAAAAUUAUGGGUUCUAGUUCAUAAAAUUCCAGCUUAAACCUUAGGAAGCUAAUCAUACUAUUAGUUCCUGUUUUUCGUAUAUUUAUCCCUGUGAUUAUAGUCAUACAUGUAUUCCGAGAUUGGCAUAAAUUCAAACAGUUUCUUUUUCCAAAUAGUUUUUCAACCGACGGUGUUAAAUACAUCGAGACACGUUUUAGAAUUAAGAACGACGAUCUUUACAAAUUGCUUUCUUGACCACCUCUAACAGGCAGCUUCGAAUGAAAAAUAAAACAAACAAAAAAUAGCAAUGAAAAAUUCAGGCAAUCCAUCCUCAUUGAUUAAUUUUCAAUCCUAUAUAUUGCUCUUAGUGCAUUUUGUUUCCUAUUUUGAAUAACCGUUGCUGAUUUCUUAGCUUUUUUUUUUGUCUUCUAGAAACCAAAGUGUGGGUUCAAUCUGAACAGUUGCCGGCCAUUCCUCCAGGUUUUAAGGUAAUCGAUCGAUUAGCGUAGCCCAGUCAGCUUACGGGUUUCAGCGCUUGUGAUUCCUAUCUGAUAGCCCCGGCUGCAUUUAAGUCUUUCCUCCCUCUCUCGAUUUGAUCUUGCUUGUCAAUCAUAACGGUACAGUUUUCGUCCUUUCCUAUAUGAUAUUUAUGGAUCUGUCUCACAAGCGAAUGUAACUACAUUUUUCAACGAAACUGAAGCCGACUCUCUUGUGAGCACUCGUCCUAUUAUCUCAAAUCAGCUUUUCCAAGGAUAUCAAAUUCGUUAGCCACCAUCCAGGCCAAAGGAUUUUCCGAUAUUUUAGUUUUAUCGACUGAGUUAUAAAUGAAAAUUAGCCAUUGUGAAGAGUUUCUAAAGAGUUAGCCCUUCGUUCUGACCUAGGGCUAGGGCUCCAUUAAGGCCUAUUUACACGGCACGACUUUGUCGCAUGCGACAAGCUUACGACAGGCCUACGACAUGACUUAAGAGUCGUAAGCGAGUUGUAGGUUUGAUUUACACGAAACAAUUCGUGUCGUAAGCCUGUCGUAAGCUUGUCGCAUGCGACAAAGUCGUACCGUGUAAAUAGGCCCUUAAAAUGAUUUCCAGUCGAGAAUUUUGUCAUCUUUGUACGCUCAUCUUAAUGUUGUCUGGCACCUGUGAGCUUUAGCGUCAGCAGCCAUUCUUCCUUAUCUUCAUUACCAUUUCAUCGACUGCGCACUUUUUGAAAAGGAAUCAUUACGAAUCAUGAUGUUGAUCAUUAUCAUUAUGAUUAUGACGAUUAUUAUCAAGCCGUGCAUAGUUUUAUCAGUUCAUUCCAAGAAACAAGAGAGGGCCCUAAAUCAAUGCAUGAGUUUACAUUCUACUAUAAUUUAUUUAUUCUAUUUCAUUUUGUUCUUCAAUCAAUUAGAAUCGAAUCUACAAGGCGAAAUUUCAACUUUUUAAUGAAGAGAAUAUCAUGUUUCUCUGUGGUGAGAUUGUAGCCAAAGUGAGGUAAGAGACGAACAGGACAAGCGGGAGCCAAGACUCAAGGGAAGUAUGAAGGAAAAAAUAGGCAUGAAAAGACAUGCAAAGAGUGGUCUUGCAACCAAUGAUUCUGUAAACAAAGUUUUAAAAUCUAACAAAAAUAAUUAAAGAUAACUCUAGUAACUUUGAAUAAAUACAUAGAUUACGUUUUUGUGGCGAGGGAAUCAGCUCAUUUGUGAAAUAGCCUGAUAUUUAAAACCGACGUAGAGAACGGGGAACAAUAAGAGGACGGAUCAGUUAGCAUGAAAAACUAUAUACUGCAGCAAGAAUUACUUAGAUUUUAAUGAGAACGAUUGUGCAAGGGAGCAAGCGGAGCAGGUGAGAGCCUUUGAACUCUUCCCUACACACAGCGCUUCCAUGAAACUCAUUAGUUAAAACAAAGAGUUUGGUAAAAAUGAGAUAGGACUGAUCUGUUUGUUUUAGUAAUCUGUUCUUGUGAGUCGCUUGGUGUAUUCAAGACCAGGCCAUUGUUCAAAAAACUUCUUGAAAUAUCAAUUAUGACAGCGCAGUUCAUUGCAUACGAGCAAAACUCAUAACCAAAGGAUGCCUAUUGUCGCUCUCUAUGGUUUUAAUUAUCUAGCGCAUUUUUUUUUUUCGCUCA